AUGGUUAUAAAUAUGUUGAAAUGGUGCCCAAAUUCAUACCCUUCAGCGACCCACAAAAUUACUCAACUGCACAACAAUCUCAAACUCUUCCGCUCCACCCACUCGCCCUUACGCUCAUUCUCAGCACAAUCAUCAAUCUCGACGCACGACGAUGUUCAAGUUCCCUCUUCCUCCCCCUUCACAGGGUUGGAUGAGACGAUGACGGGAUUCAUAUUCGGGAAGAAGAAGGCAACUGAAGUUGCUCACGCGGUUUGGAACAAUGUUGUCCGGAAAGGGGAUCUGGUGGUCGACGCCACUUGUGGCAAUGGUCACGACACAGUGGCUAUGGCGAGAUUAGUUGCAGAUGAUGCCGGCAGAGGCUGCGUCUUUGCAAUGGACCUUCAGAAAUCUGCUUUAGAAAGCACUUCAUCUUUGCUCGAUCAAUCACUCACUCCUCAUCAGGUGGGCUUUGGACGGGCACGGGCCUUUGCUGGCGUCAAAGCCCCCAAGUUCGUUAAAUAUUCAGAAUCAGCUUCGUCUCCACCAAGAAACCACGCCUUCCCUGCUCCGGCAAUUCACACUAGUGCAUUUCAGAGAGCUCAUUUUACAAGUAAUUCUGGAAUAUUUCGUGUCUUUCUCUUUUUGAAAGCAAGUCGUUUCUAUCAAAUUUGCUCGUACUUGAUGUAG